AUGACUUCAAACAAACAGAUAAAAGUUACUCUUGUUGGAGAAUCAUCUGUGGGCAAAUCUUCAAUUUGCUGUGUAAUUUCUAAAGGAGUUUUUGAAAAAACUUCAGCAACUAUUGGUGCUGAAUUUAUUAAAUUUAAUAGAACAUACAAAGGACAACAAGUUUUAGUAAGUUUAUUUGAUACUAGUGGUGAAGAACGUUAUCACUCUAUUCCACAAAGUUACUAUAGAAAAUCUAAUGCCGUUAUUAUGGUCUAUGACAUUUCACGAAAAGAAACGUUUGAACAACUUGAGUACUGGUUAAAUGACGUUAAAGGAAAUUGUGAAAUUGACACAAUAAUUUGCGUUGGAAAUAAAAUUGAUCUUGAACGUGCAGUCUCAAAAGAAGAAGCUCUUGAAUUUGCACGUAGACAUAGCCUAAUUUACACAGAAACAUCAGCUAAAACUUUUGAAGGAGUUGAAGAUUUAGUUAAUGAAAUGGUUGCUGCUGUGAUGGAAUCAAAUCAAAUAGACGAAACAAUUUCUUCAAAUGAAAAUCUUCAUAUUGAAGACGUUUCUUCUCAACAAACUAAUUAUGGCUGUUGUUAA